AGAAGUACAGAACUUCUUGGAACAUUAUUCGCUCUGAGAGAAGCGGUGCUUGGACUAUAUAUUGGGAGCACACCACUCCCUCGUUUCUUCAGCGGUCUUGAACGCUAUUCCUGGGCCUGAUGACUAAUUGUGAUGAAGAAAAGAUGAAUGUCGACACCGACUGUCUCAAGGAGAUCGCCUCUCAAGGUUCUGGGGUUGGCAGCAGCUGCGCAACGUCGGUUGAUGGGAACCGCAUCUAUGACGCCAUCAUGGUCAAUAGGCAUCAUGACACUAUCUCUGAAGAAGAGGCGACGAACUGGAUUAAUGCACUAUUGCAUGCCGCUCAGCGGCUUCGACUCGAGCAGCUACUCAGGAAAGGGAACACCUUGCGGGAGGUAUUGAACGACUUUCAUCAUGAGUUCGGUGCAUUCUUCAACAGGGGAGAGACCUACAUGGAUUCAGAUUCAGAAGAACUUGAAAUGAGCGGCAACCACGAGGAAGGUAUGCCAGCUCGCGUCGAGGAGAGGCGGGAAAACUUUGAGCUUGAUGUUAGCGCUCGAUACGAGAGUAAGCACGAGGAUGGAAAAAUACACUCUCACGGUGACCACGACGUGGUGCGGGAGCAGCCAGAUCGGGAGACACGAGUCGGCCGGCCGCUCCUCGACUGUGCUCGAGAGAGUUUACAGCCAGUGAAGCUCAAUACCGGCACUCUCGAGGAAGUUGUGGUCACGUACCACGGCAUUCGCCCACCUUCGGCUGAAGAUUCUGAUCCUGUCGAGGCCCAGAAGGUAAACAAAUACAAGAUGACUUUGUCGUGUCGACACGCGGAGCGCAAUGGUGACAAGCCGAUCCCAGACAGGGCCCUGGUUGCGCUCAUGGAUGGACUACUAGUACAGGGUACCUUCCUGCGCCUUCCCGCAGCAUGGACAGACCUGAACUCCUCUAAUUCGAACUUCCUCGCCAAUAGACUCAACAAGUCAUUCAAAGUGACCCAGCUCAAGUUGUUGGGCAGGGAAGAUCACAUGUAUAGCAUCACUGACGGUGCAGAAGGGGCCUAUGAGUUGGUUAUUGGACGGGCGUCUGCUGUGGUAUUCAGUCUGCGUCAAACAAGUGCAUAUACUCUGGAUGACCUUACUAAAUGCCUGUGCCGCUGGGGAAUAAGGUUAUCGACAUGCAAGCGAGUGCGUGUGCAUGACCAGCUGCCCAGAACGUCACUCAGGACAUCCGAACCCGUUCCUUACCGUCGGAAGGGCUUUCAACUGACCAUGGAGGACUUUGCGAGUUAUGUUGAAAGACGGCGACAGCUAUUCAGAAACAGCGACGUUGCUCGGGCUGCUCUUAAACAUGGAGGUCUCAUCUGGCGACUAGCAAUGGAGGAAGUAUCGGAAGAGUAUGUGACAUCUGGUCCAUCCCCGAGAGUGAUGGAAACCGGGGCUUGCCUUCGGACGACGGAGGGCGAGGCACUAUGGGAUGAAAUGUUGAUGGAUGACCAGAUUGAUGUCAUUUGCGGUGUGUACAAGGUGGAAACAGAGGACGAUCGCUACCCUAAGGGUGACCGUCGAGGAAAGCUCACAGAACAUGUGUCUUGGUUUCCCAAGGAUGCGGGUUGGCGAGGCUGUGGGCUCGAUGUGGGCUUUUGGAGUCCUGAUGCGGAAUCUUGGUAUCAACAUAGGCUGGCAAAUUAUCUUGAUGGAGACUUCAAAUGCAAAAAUCAGUCAGAGUGGAAGAGAUCAUUGAAACUGUGGCGGGAUGCCCCCAAACUCGCGGAAGGUCUGGAAAAGGUAUCGCAGGGGUUUCUUCAAUGCCACGUACUGCGUCUUUGAUUUUUUCCGACUAUUCCACAACCAUUCUUGAUUGCUGUAAUCUACAUGUGCACCUCUUACUUUCCGAUAUGACCUAAUUUGAUCAGUACGUUUGGUCAGUACGUGUGAGUCUC